CCUACAAAUACCGCCCCCGGGCGGGGCUCCAAACGUGCCCGCCCGCCUCUGGCCGCGCGCCGCAGUCCUUCCCCGCUAACGCUGCGGCCCGGUGCCCGCGGCCCGCACUGGUGUGGGCAAGCGUCCCGGACAGCUCCUGGCGAGGUGACCAUGGAGGCUGGCGGCCUCCCCCUGGAGCUGUGGCGCAUGAUCUUGGCCUACCUGCCCCUUCCUGACCUGGGCCGCUGCAGCCUGGUGUGCAGGGCCUGGUAUGAACUCAUCCUCAGUCUCGAUAGAACGCGCUGGCGGCAGCUGUAUCUGGGCUGCAUCGAGUGCCGCCACCCCAACUGGCCCAACCAGCCUGAUGUGGAGCCUGCAUCUUGGAGGGAGGCCUUCAAGCAGCACUACCUGGCCUCCAAGACGUGGACCAAGAACGCCCCCAUCUUGGAGACUUCUGUCUGCUUUUCUCUGUUUCGCCGGAGAAGGACGCGCCGUACCCUGAGCGUCGGGCCAGGCCAUGAGUUUCACAGCCUAGGCAGUGCCCUGGCCAUGUCCAGCCUAUUUGACCGCAUCCUGCUGUUCCCAGGCCUGCACGAAGAGCAAGGGGAAAUCAUCCUGAAGGUGCCUGUGGAGAUUGUAGGCCACGGGAAAUUGGGCGAAGUGGCCCUGCUGGCCAGCAUUGACCAGCAGUGCUCGACCACACGCCUGUGCAACCUCGUCUUCAUGCCGGCCUGGUUCUCACCGUUCAUGUUCAAGACAACUUCGGGUCAUGUCCAGUUUGACAACUGCAACUUUGAGAAUGGCCACAUCCAGGUCCAUGGCCCGGGCACCUGCCAAGUGAAGUUUUGCACCUUCAAAAACACCCAUGUCUUUCUGCACAACGUGCCCCUGUGUGUCCUGGAAAACUGUGAAUUUGUGGGCAGCGAAAACAACUCUGUGACUGUUGAGGGCCACCCGUCCUCAGAAAAAAACUGGGCCUACACGUAUCUCUUAGGGCUUAUCAAGUCCUCUCCCAGCGUGCUCCCAGCAGAGGACUCUGAUUCAGUCAUGGCCCUGGACCUGGAGAGCAGAGACCAGGCCUGGAGCCCGAGGACCUGUGGCAUGGUCAUUGAGGGCAGCCAGAGCCCUACCAGUCCAGCCUCCAGCCCCCCCAAAGCCGGCGCUCGGGAGGCAGAGGUGGGCAGCGAUGGGGAACGGGUGGCCCGGACCCCCGACAGCAGCGACGGAGGCCUGAGUCCCAGCAGUGAGGAUGAGGACGAGGACCAGCUCACGUACAGACUGUCCUACCAAGUGCAGGGCCCGCGGCCCGUCCUGGGGGGCUCCUUUUUGGGUCCCCCACUGCCAGGAGCAUCCAUCCAGCUGCCCAGCUGCCUGGUGCUGAAUUCGCUGCAGCAGGAGCUGCAGAGGGACAGGGAGGCCAUGGCACUGGCCAGCUCCGUGCAGGGCUGCCUCAUCCGCAAGUGCCUCUUCCAGGAUGGGAAGGGAGGCGUCUUCGUUUGCUCCUAUGGCCGAGCCAAGAUGGAAGGGAACAUCUUCCGGAACCUGACUUACGCGGUGCGGUGCAUUCACAAUAGCAAGGUCGUCAUGCUCAGGAACCACAUCCACCACUGCAGAGCGUCAGGCAUCUUCCUUCGCUUGGAGGGCGGAGGCCUGAUCGCUGGCAACAACAUUGACCACAACUCGGAGGCCGGCAUCGACAUCCGGAAAAAGUCCAACCCUCUCAUUCUGUGUAACCAGAUCCACCAUGGCCUUCGCUCUGGCAUUGUUGUUCUCGGCAAUGGGAAAGGCAUCAUCCGGAAUAACCAGAUCUUUUCAAAUAAGGAGGCUGGCAUUUAUAUCCUGUACCACGGAAAUCCAAUCGUGAGCCGGAACCACAUUUUCAGGGGCCAUGCGGCCGGCAUAGCUGUGAACGAGAACGGCAGAGGCCUCAUCACAGAAAAUGUCAUCCGAGAGAAUCAGUGGGGAGGUGUGGACAUCCGCCGAGGAGGGGUCCCCGCCCUCAGGAGCAACCUCAUCUGCUUCGGCUAUUCUGAUGGCGUGGUUGUGGGGGAUGAAGGCAAAGGCCUGAUAGAAGGAAACACCAUCUACGCGAAUAAGGGCUGUGGCGUGUGGAUGAUGUCGUCCAGCCUGCCCCACGUCACCAGCAACCACGUCAGCUACAAUGGCCUGUACGGACUGGCAGUGUUCAGCCAGAAGGAUGGCUCCGGGGAGUUCCCUGGAGGCCACGGGGCCCAGGAGAACUUCAGCGAGGACGGCGAUGCCAUCCUCUGGGAGCCGGAGCCGGAGAAGGAUGACGACCCGCUGCGGCGGCCCGUCACGGUAGCUCUGAUUGAGUCCAACAGUGUGAAUCACAAUGGAGCCUCAGGACUCUAUGUCCAGAGCAGUGAGGCGCUGCACGUCAUCACCAAUGUGAUCCAUGCCAACGGGGACAGAGGCAUCACUGUGGCCCAGAGCAGCCAGCUCACCCGCAUGGCCAACAACAGCAUCUCCUGCAAUCGCCAGAGUGGGGUCAAGGUCGAGGCCCAGUGCAAGGUGGAGCUCCGGGGCAAUGGUAUCUAUGACAACAGGGGCCACGGCAUCAUCACCAAGGGUGACAGCACCGUCGUCAUUGAAAAUGACAUCAUUGGCAACCGGGGCAGCGGGCUCCAGCUGCUGCCCACAUCCGACACAAAGGAGUCCCUGAGGUGUGACAAGCUCUGGCUGCCUCUCCCAGGUAAUAAAGAACCGGAUCCAUUCAUUCCGGGCCUAUGGCAUUGCAGUGCAAGGCCACGCCAAGGCUCUGGUGCAGGAGAACAUCAUCUUCCAGGGCAAGAGCAACAAGACCAUCUUUCAGCAGAUUCCCAGCAACCAAGAAUGCAUCGUGCAAAACAACAAGUUCUUGGUCUUCAAGAAAAAGUCUGACACGUGGCGCCUUGUGAACCCACCAGCCCGGCCUCACCUUGAAAACUCUCUCCGAGGCCCCUCUGCUGCCCACAGUGGGCAGAAGGUGACAGCCAUGGCGACCAGGAUCACCGCCCACGUGGAAGGUGGCUACCACAGCAAACGCAGCAUCUUCUGCACGAUCCUGUGAGAGUGGAGAGCCACAGGGUGGGGCAGCUCAGGGGCUGUCUGAAGAUUCCAGAAGCAAGCACAUGCCCUGCUCUCAGGCUCGGGCCCUGCCCACCGAGCUAUGAGGCUGCAGCCUCCAGGAUGGAAGUAGCUCUUGUGAAGGCGCUGGGCUCCUCCGUCCUCUUAGCACCACCCGGAAAAAAAUAGGCCCCCGAGUCUUCUGCGGACUGAGCACAAGGUACCUCCAAAACCUUCAGCAGGAGGAACUUGACAUUAUUUUUCAAGGAGAAAAUGGAAACAGAAGGUGGUGGGUCCCCAGGCCCUCCCUCGAGCUCUCGUAGAGUGUAUGAAGAGCUAGGGGGAAGCAAGACGGAGACGGUGGGCAGGGGUCUCCGGUUAAGGUACAGGGAGCUGUACUUUAUACACCAAACCCCGCCUCUGCUCAGGGAAGAACGGCUUUCAUUCUAAGGGAAGAAAGUGAUUCUAGUGAGAGGCGGAAAGAGCCCCCUAACUCUCCCCAUUCCCAGACCUCGUCCUCAAGCCUCUGGGGACACGGCCACACCCUCCCUGCUGGCUGCAAGAUGGGAGGAGUUGGGUUUGGUUUCUCUCAGACAUGGAGGGGGCUUGGGACAGGCUGCCCCCGGGAUGACAGGGACAUACUGGAAACAGGAGGGCAUGGGUGGAGGCAGCUUCCCCACAGCGCUGGGCUGGGUGGUGUGGGCAGCCAACUCCACUCUCCCCUCCAGUUGCUCCCAAACUCAGGAGGAGGUAAGCAGGCUCAGUGCCUGCCGCACCGAGGAUUUAAAUCCCACAAGCACACCCGAACCAGCCGCCCUCCUGGGCCCUACACCGGUGGCGAUGGAUGUGCCCCAGGCCCCCAUCUGUGUCCACGUUCUCAUGGAUGCUGACCUGCCUUUACCGACCCUCCCGUGGUUUCCCACUCUGUGCCUUGGCUCACGCUCUCCCCUCUUCCAGGCGCGCCCUCCUUGCCAGCCGCACACACCCAAGUUCUCCCAUCCUUCCAGGCUUGACACUGGACACCCUCCAGAUGCACUGCUCCCCCUCCUCUGCCUCCUGUUCCACUCUCCUGCCCUGAGCUCCCUGAGGGUCACCAUCUGUGUCCCCAGACCAGGGCCAGGGCUGAGGUAGCAGCCUGAGUGAGGAGAGGAGAAAGGGUUGUGCUGAACCAAACUGUGAAUGUGUCAAAGUUCCAGGGCCAGGCAGGUUCAGACCCGCUGCUCAAGGAAUGAAGCCUGAUGCAGGCCCGGCUGAGCCAGAACAGUCCCCAGCCCUUCGCUCAGGGCCUCACCAGCCUGGUAGCAUCGUUGUCCUGCACCUCACAGCUGGCUUUCCAGGCUGGUUCUGCCAGGGCCCCCGGUGCUGCUCUCCCAGGUGGGGAAGGGUGGGGGCUCGUGGGAGCUGGGAGCAUGGGCUGCUUCCCUGAGGACUUUGAGCACAAGAGCAUGGGCCUCUCUCCCCCCAUCACUGUCCUUUGCACUUUUCUGUGGCCCCAGUGUGAGUCGCUGUACAAGAUGCUGCCUUUUGAUAUUUUGUAAGAAAUGACUUUUCUGUGAACCAAGUGCUUAUGAAAAUUUCAGUAACCAAAAUAAAAUUCUAUAUUUUAAAAGAGG